AUGCAGGUGGAUGGGACGGCUUUAGUGUGUCAUCACCAGCGCAUUCAGAGAAAAUAUCCUCAGUACCAUUCCUUAACAAUGCAGGAGGGACUGCAGAGACCAAUUCACAAAGUCCUCGCCGACGGCCCAUUCCGCGCAGCGUUUGGUAGCGAGGUCGCCCGCCCUGACACUGCUAGUUCAGGUCAAGUUCUAAUAAACUCUUCUGAGCCUUCAAGCGGUUCCUCCGAUGUCUUGUCACCAUUUUGGCUUGGAGACGAUCCUGUACUAGACCUAGUACACAACGCUCAGUUUGCGUUGGUCGGGGCGCACAUCGUUGAAGAGCCUUCGAAAAGUUCGGCAACGCUGCAAGAAAGCACUGCUGAAGCUUCAUCAUCUCUAGAAGAUGCUGUACAUAGGGCUCGUGAGUCGUCGGCAGCCGGUUCUAGCCAAUCCCCUCAGCAUGCUCAGGAAGAGCUAGGAUCACCACUGGUUGCCAGCAGCAUUCUCAUCAUAUCAGCCAACAACGCAACUGACAUCAUGGAGCUGCAAUGGCAAACGAGUCUGAUAUACGACUACUUACGACGAUAUGACCCUGCCGUGCCCAAUCCCUUCGUUAGCGCUGGCUAA